AUGCAUUCAAAUCACUUGCUUUUGGAGGAGCCUAUAAGGAUGGCUUCAAUCCUGGAGCCUUCAAAAUCUACUUUCUUUCCAGCAAUGACAAAGAUUGUAGGCACACUAGGUCCAAAAUCUCGAUCUGUUGAGGUUAUUUCUGGCUGCCUCAAGGCUGGAAUGUCUGUGGCUAGGUUUGAUUUUUCAUGGGGUGAUCCGGAGUAUCACCAGCAGACUUUGGAGAACUUGAAGGCUGCUGUCAAGACCACUAAGAAGCUCUGUGCUGUUAUGCUCGACACGGUGGGACCUGAGUUGCAGGUUGUUAAUAAAAGCGGCAACCCCAUUUCACUCCAGGCAGAUGGUUUUGUUAUUCUGACACCAGAUCAAGAACAGGAAGCUUCUUCUGAAGUUCUCCCCAUCAAUUUUGAUGGACUAUCUGAGUCAGUGAAGCCAGGAGACACCAUUUUUGUUGGUCAAUACUUGUUUACUGGAAGUGAAACUACUUCUGUGUGGCUGGAGGUUUCUGAGGUGAAGGGCAAUGAUGUGGUCUGCAUCACAAAAAACUCGGCAACUUUGGCUGGGUCUUUAUUCACUUUGCAUGCCUCCCAAAUUCGUAUUGAACUUCCUACUCUUUCAGAUAAAGACAAGGAGGUUAUAAGUGCUUGGGGAGUUCAAAAUAAAAUUGACUUCCUCUCAUUGUCAUAUACCCGGCAUGCAGAAGACGUACGCCAUGCCCGUGAGUACCUAUCUAAGCUGGGUGAUCUGUAUCAAACUCAAAUUUUUGCCAAGAUUGAGAAUAUAGAGGGGUUAACCCAUUUUGAUGAGAUUUUACGAGAAGCUGAUGGCAUUAUCCUUUCCAGAGGGAAUUUGGGCAUAGAUCUCCCACCAGAGAAGGUGUUCUUAUUUCAGAAGGCUGCCCUUUACAAGUGUAACAUGGCUGGCAAGCCUGCAGUGGUUACUCGUGUUGUGGAUAGUAUGACAGACAACUUGAGACCAACUCGUGCAGAAGCAACUGAUGUUGCUAAUGCUGUGUUGGAUGGAAGUGAUGCGAUUCUUCUUGGUGCUGAGACUCUUCGAGGGCUGUACCCUGUAGAAACCAUUUCCAUUGUUGGUAGAAUUUGUGCUGAGGCAGAGAAGGUUUUCAAUCAGGACUUGUAUUUCAAGAAAACUGUCAAAUAUGUUGGAGAGCCAAUGACCCACCUUGAAUCCAUUGCUUCAUCUGCGGUACGAGCAGCCAUUAAGGUGAAGGCUUCUGUCAUUAUAUGCUUCACUUCUUCAGGAAGGGCUGCAAGAUUGAUUGCCAAGUAUAGGCCAACAAUGCCUGUUCUCUCUGUUGUCAUCCCUCGACUUAAGACAAAUCAAUUGAAAUGGAGCUUUAGUGGGGCUUUUGAGGCGAGGCAAUCGCUCAUUGUCAGAGGUCUCUUUCCUAUGCUUGCUGAUCCACGACAUCCUGCGGAAUCUACAAGUGCUACAAAUGAGUCCAUUCUAAAGGUUGCUCUUGAUCACGGAAAAGCUUCUGGAGUAAUAAAGUCGCAUGACAGGGUAGUUGUUUGCCAGAAAGUUGGGGAUGCAUCUGUGGUCAAGAUUAUUGAGCUUGAGGAUUAA